UUCCCAUCGCUUCAGCGCUUCCGCGGCUUGAGCCACCGCAAAGAGACCGUACCAACUUAAAUAGUUCCAUCCCUCCCCUGAAAUAUCAACGUAAAAGAAGCCGAAGUCAGAUGUGGGCUUGAGAUAUGGAUUUUUUGUUGACAGAUUCCGAACGGCACCUAACCACAGAACGGCAACUCAAGUGCCAAGGUACCGCCAAAAUCGAGCUUGAUCACAUCUCUUUCCAGCCAUUGAUCAGUCGCGAGAUCGAUUGGAACAAUGUGGAACGAUUACGUCAGAUCUUUGCCAAGGAUGGUUGUCAGCGACAAGACAUCCGAAACCACGUGACUGCCACGGUUUCCAGGCAGCAACUGCGGAGAGCAUGCCACGCCGCAAGAGUGACCGCUGAAGAACUCAAAUCUCAUCAGCAGCAAUACCCUCGCCUCGAUUUUCGUGGAAGCCAGGUCCAAUGUCUGCACGGGCAACAUCGAUUGAAGGCUGCUGAGGAGACUUUAGCCCCCUCAGACCGGUGGUGGACGGUUGACCUGUAUCUGGAUGGUCUGAUGCCCAAACACAACCUUUCGGCCCGGACUGACACUCGCUUCCUAGACAUUAGCCCAGACUUACGGAUUGCACUCGUCGAUGAAUAUGCGAAUGAAAAAGCCCCCACCGAUGGCGAAGUGUACAGGAAAAUCCGCCAGUAUCAGCAUGAGAGCAAUGCGCUCUUUCAAAACCGGUGGUGGUCCCGCCUGUCGCCAAACAAAGCCAAGCGGCUCAGACAACUUACUUCCCAAGACAAUACACAUCUUUGUGCAGCGUUCGACGCGUUGCUUGCGAUCCCGGGGCUCUGGAACGGGAUGAGCCUUGGAUCCUUGAACACUGUCAUGGCGCUAAAGUGUGAUGAAGUUGGUUUUCUCCAUUGCUGUCUGUCUAUUUUCUGACUCCUCUUCCUAGGAGAUCAUUCACUACCCGACACGCGUGAAGAAUUUCUGGGCAACACUUGUCGACCAUGACCGUACUCAGAUGGCUCGUAUUGACCUAAAUACCGUGGACACACUGCAA